UUACAAACAUACUCCCACGUCUUCAGGUCAACACAUGAGUCACAAACGGUGUGCUACGUGUGUGUGUGUGUGUGUGUGUGUGUGUGUGUGUGUGUGUGUAGGCCCUCAGGCAGCAGAUGGAGACCCUUCAGCAGCAGUUCAAGCAGAGAGAGAGUGAUUGGUCCGAAGUUCGACACCAGCUGGAUGAGCUGAUCAGAGAAAACUCUGAGUUGAUGAAGAAACUCACAGAUGCGCCACAGUGCCGCCUGGUGGCCGGACGGUGUACUGCACACACACACGCUCACGACCAGGAGGGACGGACAGAGGGCUGCAGCCUGGUGAGACGGAAAGUGACUUCUGCAGACCAGAAGACGAAAACGUUCACGUUCUUCAACGGAGACAUCAAACACAUUUUGGAAGAUGGGAAAGUGCUGUAUUACUAUGCUGGAUCACAGACGACACAGACCGUCCACCCGACUGGUCUGGAGGUCCUUCACUUCCCCAACAAGCAGAUCGAGAAGCGACACCCCGGGGGGAAGAGAGAGAUCUUAUUUCCAGACCAGACCAUCAAGUAUUUGGAGCCUGACGGCAGCGAGAGGACGAUCUUCUUCGACGGCACCGUCGUUCUGCUCUCACCGUCGGGUGAGAAGACGGUCGAUUUCCCCAACGGUCAGAGAGAAGUCCACACUUCCCAGUACAAGAGGAGGGAGUAUCCUGAUGGGACAGUUAAGACCAUCUACCCCGACGGACGACAGGAAACCAAGUACGCAUCAGGCCGAGUACGCACCAAGGAAAAGGACAAAGUUACCAUCUGACGUGAGCGUCGUGUGAGGAGGAAAUACUUAUA